AUGGCGGUCAUGUCAACGGCAAACCAGUUCCCCCAAGUGGGCUUCAUCGGUCUCGGAGCAAUGGGGUUUGCCAUGUCAACGCACCUGGUCAGGACGGGCUUCCCAGUCACAGGGUUCGACAUCUACGGACCAACGCUGGACCGUUGGCAGGCAACGUGUGACGAGAUCCCAGAGUCCCGCGCCAAAGCUGCCAGCUCGCCCGCAGAAGCUGUCAGAAACGCUGCGGUCGUUUGUCUGAUGGUCGCAAACCACCAUCACGUCCACUCCGCACUAUUCGACGAUAAUGGAGCGGUCCACGCCCUGCCCAAGGACUGCACGGUCAUCAUCCACGCCACUAUACCCCCUACACAGCCAUCUACCAUACGUGAGCGGCUGACGAGUGAAUUCCGCCGUCCGGAUGUUCGGCUCAUUGAUGCACCUGUGUCUGGUGGCGUCGCAAGAUCAAUUAACGGCACGUUGACUAUCAUGGUAUCCUCAGACGACAUGAAGAAUCUCCAAGAAACCAGCGCCAAAUCGGUCCUCGAGAAUGUCGCCAGUAAGGGCACGACGCUGUUCCCCAUCCCUGGCGGCCUCGGCGCGGGACAGUCGGCCAAGGCGCUGAACCAGGUCAUGUGCGGGAUCCAUAUCCCCUCGGCGUCAGAAAUCAUGGGCCUGGCGGCGAUCAAUGGCGUCGAUACACAGAAGUUCUACGACGCGCUGACCACCAAGGACGCUUCAACAGGGAAGACGCCCUUGGGCUGGAGCUGGAUGUUUGAGAACCGCGGUCCGCGGAUGCUGAGCGCGUCCCCACCCAUGGCUUCUGCGACCGCCAUCAUCAACAAAGACGUGGGCAUUAUCCGCGACGAGGAGGUGCGGCUAAGCGUCGAGCUACCGCUACUCAACGCAGCUAGCGAGGUCAUCACGCAGGUGAUGAAGACGCACGCUGCCGCCGACGACAGCUGCAUUGCGCAGUACUACCUUGGGUUUGACACAGACCGGGCUGAUCUGGUGGUGCAACGGGCCGGGAAUCCUGUUGCGGCGAUGGGUGACGAAGAUGCCCAGCAGCGCAUGAUCUGGAUGCUAGCCACAGCGCACGCCGUUAUACACCUGGUGUCGGCGUAUGAGACGACGCAGUUCGCCCGCGCGCUGGACUUGAUGCGUCCCGAGCAGAAGAAACAGUGGUUCAACAUCAUCUCGGGGGCUGCUGGUGGUAGCACCGUCUUCUCCGAGGUCAUCCCGCGCGCCGUCGCCUUGGACGAAGCCACCACCGCUGGCGACGGGGGCAGCAUUGAGGCUGCCUUCCGCAAGUACGCGCGCGACAAGUUUGGUGGCGCCGCCGAUAUCGUGCCCAAGAUCACCGAGGUCAUUGACGGCGCCAAGAGGCAGCAAUACGAGCCCAAGCUGCUGGAGGCCGCACUGGCGAAUCUGAAGACCUUGCUUGGUUAA